UUUAGUCUCUUGGACUGAGACUGCAGAGGUUGGGCGGGUGGGCGGCUGUGGGCUUCGGGGACAGGUGGGAAAACCUCUGGACGUGGGCCGCCCGUGGCGCGCCCCUCCCGGCCUUCUGGGCGUUCGGGUGCCGACCUCGCCCUAAGGCUCCCCUGAGCACCUGGGGCCGCUGCCACCCACCGACCAUGUUCCUGUCGAGCCUGACUUCUCAGCUGCUCAGGGUCCUUCCCCGGACGGGCCUCAGCCGGCCCUGGCUUGUCUCAGCACUGCUGGGCAACCGUGUCUGCAAGCCGUGCUACAGCACGCAGCCAACAGGCCCGAGUCCGGCUGCCAUUCUCCCCAGCAAGGGGGUCCACCUGGAGCUUGAGGAGAUGCUGGUCCCCAGAAAGAUGUCCAUCAGCCCUCUGGAGAGCUGGCUGACUGCCCACUACCUCCUGCCCAGACCGGGUUCUGGGUCCCCGGGGACUGUAACUCCCGACCAGCUUUAUGAGUGUCCAUCUAGUUGGGUGGGGGAAGGGGCUGAGCAGGGGGGUGAGGGCAGCCAGGAUGCAGCCAGUAUGCAGUGCAAAAACGUGCUGAAGAUUCGCCGGCGGAAGAUGAACCAUCACAAGUACCGCAAGCUGGUCAAGAGGACCCGGUUCCUGCGCCGGAAGGUCCGUGAAGGACGCCUGAAACGGAAGCAGAUCAAGUUCGAGAGAGACCUAAGGCGCAUCUGGCUAAAGGCGGGCCUGAAGGAAGCCCCUGCAGGUUGGCAGACCCCGAAGAUCUACCUAAAGGCAAAAUGAGUGUCGAGUGUCUCCAGCCUGUGUUCCUGCCAUUGUCUGUUGUAAUAAACGCUCAAAGAAC